ACUUCUUCAGUAGUCCGAUAGCCGGUCGACCGACGUCUCGCGCGCGCGUCAAUACCUCUUCCUGCGAUCGCCGCCGUUCUUGUGUGCAGUAUUAUUAUUAUAGUAGCCGCCGCCGCUGUUGUUGUUGUUGUUGUUGUUGUUGUGUGUGCGUGCGUGUGCGUGUGUAUAUGUGCGUGCGUUCGCCAGUAGUCGUUGCCGCCGCCGCUUCAGUAUAGUACCACUGCAGACGGUCGUGUUACAGUUUUCGUGUUCGUUCGUUCGGUUUUUCGGUUUUUUUUUUCAUUUCAUUCGCUCGCACAAUACCGAUAAUAAUAUUACAUAUUGUACAAUCGUAAACACUGUACGCUGUGGCCGCCGACCGCAAAGUAUAUUAUUAUCAUACGGACAAAUAUUAAACAAUUGUUGUUUCGCAGCGACGUAUUCGCCAUAACCAGGCGCGAAACAUGGGACAAAUGUUCGACUGAUCGCCGCGUCCCACCGUGCACAACGCGCGUCAACCGGAUAAUUGACCGCAGCAUAUAGUACGAUUUUUGGGACUCCCGCGAACCGUGCAGGGACACGCGUAAACGUUUCGGUUUUCGGAUCGCGCAGCGACAUAUCACAAUGGAAACGUGCGUGCUCAUACCGAAGGAACUGUCCUUGCAGGCGGCGCCCGUGGCCAACGUGCAGCGGUCCAACAACAACAGGCACCACGCGGAGCCCGAGAUCACUGUCAUGACCAACGUCAACGUGCCCAGAGGCACGCUCAUCUACCCGUUCCAGGGCACGGUGCGCAUGGACAAGUUGGACGUUUUCUCGUUCUUGGACGACACAGACAUAAGGCACAGAUUCGGUUGCUACGACCAGGUGACCGAGGUGAACAGACUCCGAGUGCGUUAUUGUAAUUGGGUCCGGUUUUUGAAAAUCACGCAGCACCAUUCCGAACAACAUGUCAACGUAUUGGGAACCAAAAUAAAAGGCGAACCCAUGUACGAAGUGAUCAAAAACAUACCCGCCAACACGGAGUUGAUCGUGCACUACCUGCCCGAGCGACCGGAAGAGAUAUUCUUCAUGCCCGCCGUACACUACUUGAGAAACACGCUGUACAGACGCACGAUGGACACAAUUCUGGAAGACUCACCUUUGGACCUAUCCAUGUCGCUACUGUCCCGAGCGUACGGCACGUCCUCCGCGUCGUCGGCGUCUUCCCCGCCCAGCGGACUGGACACGGACGAACGCAAAUCGUUGUCCGGCGAAUCGUCUUCCGCCAACUCCUUGUCCGGCGACACGGCUUCGCUGGACCACAACGUCAACAUGAUCGUGUGCAACACGACUCCGGUGAAACCGAGACCUUUCCGCGGCGAGCGCACCCUGCUGCCGUGCGAGGUGUGCCGCAAAGCUUUCGACCGACCGUCGUUGCUCAAGAGACACAUGCGAACCCACACAGGUGAAAAGCCGCACGUGUGCGCAGUGUGCAACAAGGGUUUCUCGACGUCCAGCUCGUUGAACACUCACCGGCGAAUCCACAGCGGCGAAAAACCGCACCAGUGUGGCGUCUGCGGAAAACGGUUCACUGCCAGUUCUAAUCUCUACUACCACCGAAUGACUCACAUCAAGGAGAAACCGCACAAGUGCACACUGUGCGCCAAGUCUUUCCCGACGCCCGGCGAUCUGAAAUCUCACAUGUAUGUGCACAACGGAUCGUGGCCUUUCAAGUGUCACAUUUGUAACAGAGGAUUCAGCAAGCACACGAAUCUGAAAAAUCACUUGUUCCUGCACACCGGGGACAAACCGCACGCUUGCGAACUGUGCCAAAAGAAAUUCGCCCUCGCCUGCAACCUGAGAGCACACAUGAAGACCCACGAGAGUGAAACCCAAGAGGAGUGCAACAAGUGCGGUAAGGUGUACAUGGCCCCGGAAACGGACAAGGGUCGCGGCGGCGCGUGUCCCGAGUGCGCUCCGUUGUCGCGUCUGCCGCCGACCGACGCCGCCGCCGACGCCGCAUCGGCCGCCGCGGGGAGUUCACCGCCUGACGAGGAGCGGUCUUACGGGGGUGAUUCGGAGGACUGUUCGUCGAUGGGUUCCGCGGACGACUGCAGCAGCAGGGGUGGCGUGUGAACGGCUACCGCUGCUGAGGGGUGGCGGCGUGACGUGGGUGGCGGCCCGUCUCCGAGGGCUACCGUCUAACCCUUAAGACACGUUAUGUAUUUUAAAUAUUCAUUAAUUAAAGGAAAGAUACGGAAAAACUAUACACGAAACCAUGCGACCCGUGUGCAUCACUCGUCGCACAUAUAUACCUACGUCUUGCUGUAUACUCGUUUCCGCACUCAGCUUGCGUGUAACACACCUCGUUGGCUGGCGAUAAUCAUAUUAUUAGGUACCUAUAUUAAUAAUAUUAUCAUCGUAAAUUAUUACGCGUGCGCCGCCCGACAACGGGGAAACAAACAAAACGUACAAUACGCAAGAGAGCACUUAGGCUUUUAUCGAUUUUCGUGAUUUUACGACCCGGUCGAACAUAUAAUAAUAUUAUCAUAAUAGGUAGGAAGGAAAAAUUUUACGAGUUUUCGGAGUAACAAUGUCGUAAAACAGACGUAAUUAAUGUGUCGUCGCGUAUUUUUAUUUUUUCGUAUCGUCGUUAAUUAAUGCGCGCACGUGAGUGUGUACUGUGUAUAAUAAUAUAUAUAAAUAUUUUAUAAUAAUAUCAUAUUGUGAAUGUUAUAACACGCCGAGCUACCCGAGCGAGCGUCUUAUAUAUUAUUAUUAUUAUUAAAAUAAGAAUAAUAAGAUUAUUACUAUUUACUAUUAUAUUACCUAUCAAUAUUAUAUUAUUAUUAUUAUUAUUAUUAUUAUAAUUAUCUCAUCAUCGGUUCGUAUAACGUAUUAUAAUGUUUAAGUAUAAUUCACGUGUAAUAUUUCUUUGUUGUAUAUUUUUGCUCUUGUCGCGACCGUGGUACAAUACUAUACCCUGGUAAAGGUACGGUUGUGAUCUUUUCACCGCGAUGUUGUAAUAUUAAGAUGAAUAUUUUUUUUUUAUAUAAGUGUCGCAGCGAUGACGAUCUAAUUGCGUGUAUUUCUUCAGGAAUCACGCUCGUGUGUAUGAUAUUAAAUAUUAUAUUAUUAUUAUUUUGUAUAUUUUAGUAUUUUUAAUUCUAGUCACUUUAUUAUUAUCAUCAUUUAUAUAACUUUUUUUCAUGAUUAUUUUUUUUGCUAUAUUUAUAUACAGUGUAUAUUUUAUUUGUUGUACAUAUCAUUAUAUAUAUAUAUUAUAUAUUAUAAUAAUGCAUCGCUGUAGCAUAAUAUAUAUAUAUAUAUAUUAUUAUUGAGUUAAGUUUUUAGUAUUACUCGUAUGAAGAAUCUGUGUUUUGAUGGAAAAAAAAAAUUGAAAU